CGCGCCGCUGCCGCACGCUGACACCAAGCCAUGCAAUGGCCGCAGCACGGUCAGCCAGGGCCGCCUGUGAUGCAGAUGGGCGGACAGACGGGCGCUCAGCCAUACGGUGCACAGCCGCCGCCCGGCUAUGUACAUCAAAACGGUGGAGGGCCCCAGCCUUUCUACUAUGGCUCGCCUUACCAGGCUCAAGCUACGCCUGUACAGCAGCCUGCCGUGCCAUUCGGUAGCUACCCCGGACAAUAUCAACAGCAACAACAGCAAGGACCUCCUCAGAUGCCUGUGUACCAUCAUCCUCAGCAGCAGCCGGGCUAUGCCCAGCCAGCACCUUUUGCCUCUCCCUCCUACUCCUGGCCUGGUCAGGUGCCUCAACAACAGCAGCAGCAGCAGCUACCGCCUCUGCACUACGCUCAUCAAGGAUUCUAUCCGGGGCCUGAGCAUCAGCAGCAACAGCAGAUGCAGCAGCAGAUCCCGCAACAGAAUGGCUUCAUCGGCGCACCGAGCAUCUUCAACGAUCCCAACGCUUUCAGGAUGCAUUACCAAGCGCUCCUGCGCAAUCUGACCUUCAAUUCGAAGCCACUCAUCAACGAAGGCACACAGCUCGCGAGAGACAAUAUCCACAUGAGUCAUAUCAUCUCCUCAUGCCUCGAUGAGCACCUCAAGACCGUAAGUCAGCCGCUCUUCCCUCCGCCGCGCCUCCCUUUCCUCCGCUUCACCACUCUACACUACUCUCAGGUGAGGCUCGUAGACUUGCCAGCACGACCUGACUGACAAUUCGCCCAUUGACGCUUGCAUUCAGCCUAGCCGAGGUUUAGCUUUCGACGCAGCUGCGCGUGUAACUCACUCAAGUGGGCUAGACUUUGACAAGAGAUCGAAGGCCCUGCGGGCAUCGCUUUUCGAGGCGCGCAUGAAGCUUGAACAGCCCGGACUUGCUCCUGAAGAGAUCUCCUUCGUGGCUCUGACGCUGGGCGUAUCUGCAAAAUCCUCUCCCCAUGGUCGCGGCUGUCUGAGAAUGAGUCAUGACCACUUUUGCUGCUUCACAGGUCACUCAAGACGUCAAGCUCCCGGCGCUGUACCUACUCGACUCGAUCUCCAAGAACAUCGGCUCCGUUUACCCAG